AUGUGCCCCCCCCCCCCCCCCCCCCCCCCGCUACCUCCGGGACCCCCUCCGUUCCGCAGAGGCGGGAACGGACACGGACACGGGCGGACUCGGUCUCCCGAGUUUCGCCCGCUGCGCCCGGGCCGCCUGCUUUCCUUGAAGGCAGGAGAGGUGGCUGCUCCGGGGGCUCCGGCGGCGGGGAGAGAAGGGCUAGAGCCGGGCUGCCCCGGGUCGCGUUCAGUGCCGGGCAGCGGCCGCUUCCCUGUGGGCAUCCACCGGUCCCCCAGGCAGGAGAGGCACGAUCUCCGCUGUCCGCGCCUGGAGCUGGCGGCAGCGGACGGGCAGGAAGAACGCACCUGUAGUUCAUUGAGAUGUAUGGACGGAGCCGCUGCUGAGUGAUGGAUUAGUGAUAGGGUUAGAGCAGGAACUGCACGUCCCUUGCUUCGUGCUGCUCUUCAAAAACAA